CCCCUCCCUCCCUGCCUCGCGCCCCGCUGUCUAUCGGCCUUUUCUCCGCCUUUCCAGCCUCGCUCCCCUCCCUCCCUCCCACACCCACCAGCCAUGACCUCCUCCACUGCCUCCCGCCCGGCCGCCGGCUCCAACUUCAAGGACAAGGAGAAGCCCAAGGAUGUUCGCCACAGCAACAUCGUCGCCGCCAAGGCUGUCGCUGAUGCCGUUCGCACUUCGCUCGGCCCCCGCGGCAUGGACAAGAUGAUUCAGAAGGCCGACUCCGAGGUCAUUGUCACCAACGAUGGCGCCACCAUCCUCAAGUCCAUGAACGUCCAGCACCCCGCCGCGCGCAUGUUUGCCGGCAUGUCCCAGGCCCAGGAUAUCGAGGCCGGUGACGGUACCACCUCCGUGGUCGUCCUGGCUGGUAGCCUGCUGAACGCCUGCGAGUCUCUCCUGGAGAAGGGCAUCAACCCCUCCCAGAUCUCGGACGGCUUCCAGUAUGCCUGUGAGAAGGCCGUCGAGGUCAUCGAGGACAUCUCCAUCCCCGUCGACCUGGCCGACCGCGAGCAGCUCCUCAAGAUUGCCACCACCUCCCUCAACUCCAAGGUCGUGUCCCAGUACUCCUCGGUCCUGGCUCCCAUCGCCGUCGACGCGGUCCUCGGUAUCACCGACCCGGAGAACCCCUCCAACGUGGACCUCACCGACAUCCGCAUCGUCCGCAAGGUCGGCGGCACCAUCGAUGACACCGAGCUCACCUCCGGCCUGCUGCUUCGCCAGAAUGCCAUCACCUCUGCCGGUGGCCCCACCCGCGUGGAGAAGGCCAAGAUCGCCGUCUGCCAGUUCCAGAUCUCCCCUCCCAAGUCCGACAUGGACAGCCAGAUCGUUGUCAACGACUACCGCCAGAUGGAUCGCAUCCUCAAGGAGGAGCAGAACUACAUUCUGAACAUCUGCCGCAAGAUCAAGAAGGCCGGCUGCAAUGUGGUCCUCCUGCAGAAGUCCAUCCUGCGUGAUGCGGUCAAUGACCUGGCCCUGCACUUCCUGGCCAAGCUCAAGGUCAUGGUCAUCAAGGACAUCGAGCGCGAUGAGGUGGAGUUCAUCUGCAAGAGCCUCGGCUGCAAGCCCAUUGCCGACAUCGACUCCUUCACCGAGGAUCGCCUGGCCCAUGCCGAGCUGGUGGAGGACUCCUCCGAUGGCCAUGUUGCCAGUGUCCUGCGCAUUUCCGGCAUCAAGAACCCCGGCCGCACUGUGUCCAUCCUCUGCCGCGGUGGCAACCAGCUGAUCCUGGACGAGUCGGCCCGGUCGCUGCAUGAUGCCUUCUGCGUCAUCCGGUGCCUGGUCAAGAAGCGCGCCCUCAUCCCCGGUGGUGGUGUCCCGGAGAUUGAGAUCUCCCAGCGUCUGUCGGCCCACGCCAAGACCCUGAAGGGAUCCCUGUCGUACGCGGUCCAGGCCUUCGCCGAGGCCAUGGAGAUCAUCCCCUACACCCUGGCCGAGAACGCCGGGCUCCAGCCCAUCGGCAUUGUCACCGAGCUGCGCAACAAGCAUGCCGCCGGUGAGAAGUACGCCGGGAUCAAUGUCCGCAAGGGUACCAUCAGCAACAUCCUGGAGGAGAAUGUCCUCCAGCCCUUCCUUGUGUCCUUCAGCGCCCUGAACCUGGCCUCUGAGACUGUCCGCAUGCUGAUGAAGAUCGAUGACAUCAUCGAGUCCCGCUAAAGACACAGUCUCGCGUGCAUACCACGUGUCCUGCUGGCUUGCCCCUUUCCUCUCUCUUCCUUUUCGUCCUUUCCCUACUUCCCCCACUGCACUCCGCUCCCUCUUCCCCCCUCCAGCGACAGACAGCCCUAGAUCCUCUCUCUCUCCCACUCGAGAAACAUCCCCCCUCCGGCUUGCUUGUGUGUGUAUCUUCCAUCCAUCUCCUUGGCCCAUCCUUUCUUUUUGGCGAGGAACCAAAACGGAUGAGGGCAGGGGCACCUGGCGGAGACCCAGAAGCGAGGUGAAUGAAGCUGUGCCUUUCAUCUCCGCCUCUGCCGGGGUCGUUUGCGCCAUCCCUCCUCCACUUGCUAUCGCCGCCCCUCUUCUCCCCUUGCUCACCAAGAGAGAGCCUUCACCGGCGUGUGCCUAAAACAGUGUGUAUGCACGCGCGCGCGCUGAGUGCUCCCCCCUUCCUCUUCCCCUCCAAAAUAAAUAUGUCCUUCAGA